AUUUGUCUUUUAAGGCUAUCACAUGUCAUGUGCAAUAUUAAAGUGAUAGUACUGGGGAAUAUUCCAAGGAUAAAAUCAGUGUUUACGUUGUCUGUUGCAUCAAAAAUGUUGUUGUUGGAGAUCUUGGCUAUAUAUAAUUGUGAUGAAAUGGAGCACAUAGUAGUAGAUAAUGGAGAUGGCAGUAGUACUGGGGUCAAUAUUGUCUUCCCAAAAUUAGAAGAGCUCCGUGUUUUUAACUGUAAGAAAUUGGAAUACAUAUUUGGAAACAUUAAUGCUAGUGAUCUUCAUAACUACCUUCAUCUUCCAGCUUUGAGAUCUCUCUAUCUUUCCGGUCUUCCAAGUUUAAUUGGCAUGGGUACCAAAAACUAUCACACAAUAUUGUCACACUUGGCGGAAAUUACAAUCGAUAGAUGCCCCAAGGUUGAUAAUAAAUCUAUUGGUGAUUUUGUUUAUUCAAUGUCAAAAUCUCAGGACAGUACAACCAUUAAGGAUUUGAGUGGAUAUGACUUGGAACCUCAUCUUGCUUUGCAACAACUCACGGCAAUAAACUCUGAAUUUCAAUGCAUCUUUUAUCUCGAUGAAAUAAAUGGACAACAAAGGAAAUUAGGAUUGAAAGAGAUUGAGUUGGAUAAUUUGGCUCAGAUGACAUACCUUUUUGUGGGUCCCAGAAAUUAUUUUUCCCUCCAAAACUUAUUGAAGAUAAAAAUUGUCCGAUGUGAAAAAUUGGAAAUCAUAUUCUCCACAUGUGUUUUAAAAUGUCUACCACAGUUGCAUCAUCUAAUAAUAGAUGAAUGUGAUAACUUGAAGUAUAUCAUUGAAGAUGAUGAUGUGGAGAAUAAAGAAAUAUUAAAUUGUCAUAUGUCUCCAAUUAGGACAUGCUUUCCAAAACUGAAAGCACUUGUUGUCAGGAAGUGUAACAAGUUGAACUAUGUAUUUCCAGCCUCCAUUUGCACAGAGCUACCUGAGUUACAGUUUCUCAUGAUACAAGAAGCAUGUAAGCUACAGAAAAUAUUUGGAGGAAGUGAAGAAAUUGAUCAAAAAGUUGGGAUUCCAAAUCUACGUAUUGUAGUAUUUGUCGAACUACCAAGCUUUUUCCAGGAAAUCCAAUCUCAAACUAUAAAACAUCGUUUUGUACACAAUUGUCAAAAACUCUCUUUGACUUCAACAUCAACUGACGUUUUAUCAACUCUCGAGUCCACUUGUGAUGAACAUAAAUUAGGUAUAAAUUAAUAAUGCAUAUCAUGCUGUUAUUGAAGGAAAUAUGAGAGGAACUAUAUAUGUAUUACUAAUGUUCUUUUUAUUUGUUUGAUAACAUUCACUAUAAAAAUUAUGUUUUGUUAC